AAUUCACCCAAACUCCUGAAAAAAAAAAAAGAGAAAGAAAGAAAGAAAGGUUCCCUCGCUCCUGGCCAGUGUCACGGCGCGUUUCGCUCCCCUUGUUGAAGGUGUGAUCGGGGUGAAUCCAGCAGCGAGCCGGGAGGGCCGGGAUGUCUCUGGCGGAUCAGCUGCGGGGCCCCGCGAGCGUCCAGGUGAGCGUCCAACAAGCCAGAGGCCUGCGGAUAAAGGGCAAAGCCGGCACGAACGAUGCGUACGCGGUCAUGCAGGUGGGAAAGGAGAAGUUUCAGACCUCGGUGGCGGAGAAGAGCGUGGCCCCGGUGUGGGGGGAGGAGGCCGCCUUCGACCUGCCGCCCGGCGGCGGAGGAGGCGGCAAGGAGCGCUCCACGCUGCACGUCCACGUCCUCCACCGGGCCCUGGUGGGUCCGGACAAGCUGCUGGGACAGGCCGUGGUCGACCUGCCGCAGCUCAGCGAGGACAAAAGCCGCAGCAAAACCGAAUGGUUUAAGUUGCUGGAUAAGAGUGGGAAGGCAGACAAGGACCGAGGCGAGGUGCUUUUGGACAUCCGUUUCAUGCGUAACAACAUGACUUCCAGCAUGUUCGACCUCUCUGCUGGGACCAAAUCCAGAUCUCGCCUUGGCAAGUUCAAGGACAAAGUCCGUGGCAAGAAACGGGAUUCUGACACCGUGUCUAACGUGCCGUCCUUCAAUCAAGUUCUGACCGAGAGCGACGAGGAGGAGGAGGGUGGCGGUGAGGCAACGGCGGGCAAUGGCGAAAAGAAGAAACUGAAGACAAAGUCUCUGUUUUCCAGCAAGUCUAACCUGCAGAGGAACUUGUCUCAGUCCAUGACUGUUCUCACUGCGAAGGCCUUAACACAGAGUGGCAGCCAGUCCUCUGUCCCAAAUGUGGAUUCCUCUGAAGGUAAAAAGAAGUUCAAGUUCCCGAUACACAAGCGCUCAAACAGCUCGGAUGGCAAAGGCGCCUCCGCCGGUCACCAAAAGCCGGGCGCCGCAGAACAGAGCAACGUGUGCAUCAAUGGCAGCCACGUCUACCGCGACGAGCCUCCAGCCCGGGCCUCUCGCAGCGGAUCCAGCUUCAGUCUGACCAGUUCUGGACACGGAUCCAUGGAGGACGUCCCUGAAAGCUUUCCUCAAUCUAUUGAUUCACUGAGAGCCAUGAGGCAAUGUUCACCUUGGAUGGAGGAGGAGGAGGAGGAGGAGCAGCAGGAAGAACAGAAGUUGGAAAACACAAAAGACAAUGUGGGUGAAAUAAGAAGUGAGGCAGAAGAGAAGAUUAGGAUGGAGGAGAUGAAGAGAGAAGAAGUGGAGAGAGUUGGUAGAAAAGAGCUUGAGAGGUUGGCUGACGAGAAGACAAGGCGAGAGGAAGACGAAAGGAGGACUGACGAAGUUAACAGGGAUGAAGAGGAAAAGAUUAGGUGGGAGGAGGAAGAGAUGAUGCGACAAGAGGAAGAGGAGAGGCACAAGAGGGAACAAGAAGAAUGUGAAAGAUUGGAUGAGCAAAAGAGGUGUAUUGAAGAAGAGAGAGUUCUCAAGGAGAAGAUGGAGGAAGAGGAAAUGUUGAGAAGGCAAGAAGAAAGGAGGCUUGCAGAACAAGAAAGUAGGCGAAAGGAAGAAGAGGAAAGGUUUAGGAUGGAGGAGGAAAGGGUUCAGAAAGAGAUGAUGAGGAGACAAGCAGAGGAAAGACUGAGGAGACAAGAAGAAGAAGAAGAGAGACUGAGGAGACAAAAGGAGGAAGAUGAGCGAGUGAAGAGACAAAUGGAGGAAGAGGAGCGAGUGAAGAGACAAAUGGAGGAAGAGGAGCGAGUAAAGAGACAAAUGGAGGAAGAGGAGCGAGUAAAGAGACAAAUGGAGGAAGAGGAGCGAGUAAAGAGACAAAUGGAGGAAGAGGAGCGAGUAAAGAGACAAAUGGAGGAAGAGGAGCGAGUAAAGAGACAAAUGGAGGAAGAGGAGCGAGUGAAGAGACAAAUGGAGGAAGAGGAGCGAGUGAAGAGACAAAAGGAGGAAGAAGAGCGAGUGAAGAGACAAAUGGAGGAAGAGGAGCGAGUGAAGAGACAAAUGGAGGAAGAGGAGCGAGUGAAGAGACAAAAGGAGGAAGAGGAGCAAGUGAAGAGACAAAAGGAGGAAGAAGAGCAAGUGAAGAGACAAAAGGAGGAAGAAGAGCAAGUGAAGAGACAAAAGGAGGAAGAAGAGCAAGUUAGGAAACUUAAGGAAAGAGAGUGUAAAAUAAUCGAGGAAAAGAGAAUGAUGAAAGAGAGGAUAACAAAGGUGGUAAAGAUAGCUGAGGAAGAGAGAAUAAGACGGGACAAAGAGAUUGAAGAAGGGAAGCAUAAGGAAAAAGAGCUUGAAGAAAGGAUGGAGAAGGCUAGGAGGGAAAAGGAGGAACAUGGACGAUUGGUAGAGGAAAAGAGAAGACUAGAAGAGGAAGAAAAGAGACGGCUUGAGGCAGAGGAGAAGGUUAGACACGAGGAAGAAGAGAGGAUAAGGGUGGAGGAAGAGAGGAAGGUGGAAAAGGAGCAGAAGUUGGCAGAGGAAAAGAGGAUACUAGAAGAACAAGAAAGGAGAAUUCAAAGCGAGAGAAAGCAAAGGGAGGAAGAGGAAAUGAUUGCACAAGAGGCGAGUGCUAGGAAAGAAAAGGAAGAACACGAGCGACUGGUGGCGCAAAAAAUGAGACAACAGGAACAAGAGAGGAGAAAAAUUGAAGAAGAGAAAAUUAAGGAGGAGGAGAGGAUUAGAAGGGAGAUGAAAGAGAUGUCCGUGAGGGAAGCGCAGAAGAACAACACCAAAACUAAAGCUGCAGAGAAGAAACCUACAGCGGCUCACGAACGCCUUGAAGUCUCUUCUAAUAACCCAUUUGAUGACAACUUCUCCAAUAAUCCCUUUGAGGAGCUUCCUGACUCACCUGCUGGACCCGACGGCGGCGCGGCCAAGGUGUCGACUGUCCAGCAAAGGCUUCAAUUCACAGCAUCGUCUGUAGGAAGCGAGCCCGUUUCCUCUGACGACAAGGACCCCAUCAACACUCAGCGCGAGAGGCGAGCGGCUCCUCAGCCGCCAGGAAGGAAUCAAGCUGAGCGCCCGAGUCGCUGGGAGUCGGCCGAGUCCGAACAAAUGAACAAAAAGAGCAAAGACCUGAGAACCGUCAGCGUCCUCCCACAGCGCUCGCUGCAAACGGCCGCUCCUCGGAGCAAGUCUCGCGCGGAGCAAAAAGAGAAGUCGCCCCAGGGUGGCGCCGCCAAAGAGACGUCCGAUGCGGCGAAACCCAAUAAACGCACUGCUCCGCCGAUACCUCGCCCCCCCGCGGCGGGGGGGCCGCCGUCCGAACAAAAAACCCACGCCGCUGGUUCUGGUUUGAAUCCAUUUGAGGAAGAUGAGGAUGAGGCCCCGGACGAUGGGGAUGCCGGUUCAGUUGGAUGGCCUCCAGUCGCGCUGCUGGCGGCUGACAGCGACGCCGCAUCCCAAACCAAAGUCAAGUCCUCGAAAGCCCGCGCUCCCCCGCUUCCCGCGACGACGGCCGCCACGUCGAGCGCUCCGGUCGGCCCGGACGCCGGAGGAGGCCGCGCCGCAGGCAUAACGGGCGGCGCCGACGGGCCGGCGGCAGGCGCCGGGAGUCCUGUGCGCCCGGAAGAGGCUCCGCUGCAGGAGGACGCGGGCGGGAAGAAGGCUGUGGCGCCGGUAGCUUCACGCAGGCUUCAACCAGUGAAACCCCUUAACCCUUUGGAACAGCAGUCUGCUUCAGUGGUUCAAGGGGUAAAUGGCGCUGGGGUGAAGGGGCCCUACUCGCAGCUGACCCGGGGGGAACUCGUCUCUCUGGUGCUCAAACAGGAAAAGCAGCUGUCUGAGAGAGACAAAACGAUAUCGGAUCUGGAGCAGUACAUCGACAACCUGCUUGUGCGCGUCAUAGAAGAGAAACCAAGCAUUCUCUUGUCCCUGAACUCCCUAAAAAGAGCUACCUAGGUGCUUUACCUCUUGUGCUCAUAAUCAGUUCAGACGCAGUAAUCGGACACCACCAAAUCAGAAACUUGUUUGAAACAUGUUUCAAUUAUAUUGUGAAUGGAAGCUGAAGUAAAAGUUUCGAUUUGCAAGGUUGCUCUGUAUUGACAUAUAUUUUGUAUAUCCUAUUUUACACAAGCUGUUAGUGUCUACUUAAGGAAACUCUGUCAACUCUCAAUGUGUUACUAAUUACAAACACUUUAAUUUUUCUAAAUAUAUAUAGCAAUAUUUCUUGAAUCUCUACUCUACAUUUGUGUGAUGUUUCAUGUUUUUCUAUUAACUGUUAACUUCUUGUACCCUGUACAUGGGGUCAGGGUGAAGCCUUUUAUGGUCCAAACUAUGCACUGGUUAUGUAGAUAACAUUUCCUGCUCUUGUACUGAAUGGCAAAGUUUACAUGCCUCAACUAACCCCGAAAAAGGCACUUUAAUCUUCUUACUGUUAAUGUGAUGUCCACUGAAAUAUCAGUUAUGUUUUUAAAAUAUGCAAAAUGAAAUAAAGUUGUUUUUCUUCUGAUAA